CGGGGUUGUUCACGUGACCAAGCGUCAUCAACCUCUCCAAACGGAGAGAACAGGCCGCUUCCGUACCUCAACUCACGUCGUUCUCAAUCUACUUUUCUCCUUUAAAUUCAUUUUCAGGCUCAAACAUGAAUCCAGACAUACUGAACGAGAGGCAGAAGGCAACUUUUGACAUUGAGAAACUCACCAACAUUCUGAACGGAGGCCCCGAGAAGACCAAGAGGAGGCGAGAAAUUGAGUCCAUGGUUCUGAACGACCCAGACUUUAAGGAACAAGACCCAAACUUCUUGUCUCGCAGUGAGCGCUAUGACCAAGCUGUUAGAAAGAGUGCCCAAAUGAUCCUCAAGUUGAGAGAGUAUGGCAUUGCGGACCCAGAGGAGAUCUACUGCUAUAAGAGUAUGUUUCGAGGCAACGUUCACGAGGCAAUGGGCCUACACUUUGCGAUGUUUGUCCCAACCCUGUAUGGCCAAUGUGACCCUGAGCAGUCCAAGAAAUGGUUACCUCUAGCAGAGUCCUACCAGGCCAUUGGCACAUAUGCUCAAACUGAGCUAGGUCACGGAACACAUCUCCGAGGACUGGAGACCACCGCCACAUAUGACCCAACUUCAGAAGAGUUUGUCUUAAACAGUCCCACUGUUAGCUCAAUUAAAUGGUGGCCUGGAGGCCUUGGGAAGACCUCAAACCACGCAAUCGUACUUGCUCAGCUUUAUACUCAGGGAAGCUGCCAUGGUCUGCAUGCUUUCAUUGUGCCUAUCCGUGACAUGAACACACAUGUACCACUGCCAGGUAUUGUUGUUGGCGAUAUUGGACCCAAAUUUGGCUUUAGUGAGGUUGACAACGGCUUUUUGAAACUUGACCACGUGCGGAUACCACGGGAUAACAUGCUUAUGAAAUACGCCAAGGUGGACCCGGAUGGCACCUACUUCAAGCCACCCAGCGAUAAACUGACUUAUGGCACAAUGGUUUUCAUUCGUUCCAUGAUUGUAGGAGAGUCCGCUCGGGCCCUCGCAAAAUCCAGCACCAUCGCCAUCCGCUACAGCGUUGUCCGACACCAAUCUGAAAUCCGGCCAGGAGAACCCGAGCCGCAGAUCCUCGACUACCAGACGCAGCAAUACAAACUGUUCCCAGUGCUUGCUAUGGCUUAUGCCUUCACUUUUGUUGGUCAUUAUAUGAACCAAACAUACCAUCGCAUCACUGGUGACAUCCAUCAGGGGGAUUUCAGUGAGCUUCCAGAGCUCCACGCUCUGUCUGCGGGUUUGAAGGCUUUCACCACGUGGGCAGCCAACUCUGCCAUUGAGGUGUGCCGCAUGUCGUGCGGAGGUCACGGCUACUCCCGCAGCAGUGCCUUGCCAGACAUAUAUGUUGACUUCACGCCAACCUGCACUUACGAGGGAGAGAACACAGUCAUGAUGCUGCAGACUGCAAGAUACUUGAUGAAGAGCUACAGGCAGGCUAGAGCUGGUCAGCAGCUGCAUGGCAUUGUGUCAUACCUGAAUGAGGCAGAGCAUCAAAGAAUCCAACCACAGCUCAUCGCCGCAAAAUCGACUGGGAUCGAUUUUAAUGACCUGUCCAGCCUGGUGGAGCUCUACAAACUGCGGGCCGCCAUUCUGGUCGAACUAGCAGCCAAGAGCAUCCAGAAGGAGCUGCAACACAAGAAGAGCCAAGAGGACGCCUGGAAUAAUAGCGCUAUCGAUCUGGUCCGAGCUUCUGAUGCCCACUGCCACUAUGUGGUAGUGAAGCUCUUCGCUGACAAGUUGGGAGAGAUUGAUGCUGCCCCCCUACACUCAGUGCUGUUAACGCUUGCUCGCCUCUACGCACUUCAUGGCAUGUCGAACAACUCUGGAGAUUUUCUUCAGGCUGGACUGUUAGAGGGGUCCCAGGUGAUAGAGGUUACUUCCCAUAUCAAGGAGCUUCUUUCUGAGCUGAGGCCAAAUGCUGUGGCGCUGGUAGAUGCCUUUGAUUUCCAUGACAGGAUGCUAAAUUCAAUCUUGGGGCGAUACGAUGGCAAUGUCUACGAAAACUUGUUUGAAUGGGCCCGUCGCUCCCCACUGAAUUCUACGGAGGUCCACGAGUCCUAUCAUAAGUAUCUGAAGCCGCUGAGGUCUAAACUGUGAACGGAAACACACAUUUCUGUCUGUGAGCAUUUCUGCAUGUAAAUAGAAAAUGGUACAUCAUUUCAAAUCCCUAAAAGUCUCUUGACUUUAUUCUCAUCAAGACUGACCUGUGUCCUUAACAUGAAGGCCCCUAAAUUAAUCAGGGGAAGCAAGGUUUUCAAACACUUUUUUUUUUAAAUUAUUUGAUAUCAAAUGGUCAUGAAUUAUGUGAUUAGCAAUCAUAGAUUGCUGUCGCAUUAAAUAAAAUGAAAGUAAAUAAAAUAUAUAUUCGCAAGAUUUUUAAUCUGAUCUAAUUAUGUAACAUGUCCUCCUCUCUGUUGUAGCCUGAUGGUGGGUUUUUGUUUGCCAGUUAAAUCUUUCCCAACAAGAACAGAAUGCAACAAUGAAAAUUACAUAACAAAGCCAACACCAACAUCUCUUGCUUGUUUUCUGUAGACUGGGCUGCUUGCUCUUCUGGAAGAAAGAAAUAUUUAGAAGUGCAGCCUUCUUGUCACAAGUUUUGUAGGCAUUUUAUACCUGAAGCAAAAUAGAGCGGACGAUUGGCCUUUUACUUUCAAAAAUGUUUGUGUAAUUUCCGAUGGGCUGAGGUUGGCAGUUCUUGUGUUGUGGCUCAAAUGUGGGCCUUUUAAAAUAAUUGCACACUAGAUUGCAUCAUGAUCAUAAAAUAAAGUUGAUUCUGGGAUUUUACAGACAGAAAAGUGGAUAGAUACUUGCUUACAAAUCAAAGUGUUUUAAUGUCAUGGAAACUCAAUGUUUCAUAUAAAAGAACUGUAAUACUUUAAGUUUUUCAUAUGGACAAUUGAAAACAUUUUUAUCAGAUUAUGUGCCUGUCUGUUUGAGGGAUGUUCCUUCUCAGACUAAGAUUAUUUUCACAGGACAACAUGUCCUCUCUCUUGUAUACUGUAAAUUCCUGGUAACAAUUAGCCAAGAUGUUUAUUAACCAUAAUUGGUUGGAUAUUAGUUUGUGUUUGUACUAGCAUUGAUAAUUUGACAUGUUGUCAAAAUAAAUAUUCAUAAAAGAG